AUGCAUACGGUACGGAAAGUCGCCAUCUAGAUAUAUAUACACAUACAUAUACAUAUACAUAUAUAUAUAUAUGUAUGUAUUUGUGUGGGACAUUUAAUUAGCAUACGCGUUUCACUUCAGUUCUGUUUCGGUUCGACGCACUCUCACAUACUCUUUCUGUCUCUGCUUCGGCUGUCUCCGAAUUGAACAGAAAACAAUACAACAAUACAAUUAUAACAAGUACAACUUAUUGAAACUGUUACAAAAACAUAAUGCUGGAUCCCAUAUCGGAUACACCUCUGGUGCUGGCCUACGUAUUUAUGUCGCUGCUGGUGCUGAUUGUCUGCUUUAUACUAUUCAAUGUGGUCCAUAAGCUCUAUCGCGGCAUGGGCGCUGAUGUUGGUGUGGGCGUGUCGAGCAGCUCGCUGAAGACAGCUAUGCUGGAAGUGGAUGUGAUGAAAACCGGUUAGCUGGAGCAACAACAACAACGCUGCUUGGCAAGAAUCUCAACAGCAACAGCGAAAGCGACAACAACAACGCUGCUGUGGCUUGUGGUUCAGAGCAGCUGCAACAUUGUACAUAAAGCCACUGUUUAUAAAAAUAAUAGCAUUUUAGCCUAGCCAUAAACUAGUACUUAUACACAUAUAUAUAUAUAUUCCAGAUGACGGGGCGGGUUUGUGUCAGACAGUCUAGUCAUUUAAUUAGCCAUAGCGUAUAGCCCAUAUUGUUGUGGGUUAGUUAAAACGUCUUAUGUCCGACAUUGAUAUUGUAAAUACAAAUAAAAAACAAAUUGUUAAAUACAAAUGGGUAAUUUUAGACCAAGUGAAGCCCUGGCCAAGUGCAAAGCAAUUUCUGUAUCGCAUGAUCGCCGUAAAGCCUCGUUAUCAUGAUGAUUGCGCCUUGGUUAUCUGUGGGCAUGGCAUGUCAUCAAUAAUAAUUGAAGGCAUUGAUUAAAAUGCCCCGUUAGUCAUUGAUUUAUACAUAGGUUUUAUUUAAAAUAGCGUGUUUCAUCUAUAAUUUCUUUCUUUCUUUCUUUCUUUUUCCUCCAUAGCAGUUUGUGGCCCAGUGCACGCUUUUCU